UUCAUCGAUACACUUCAUCGUUGACACUCGACUGACCGAGUUCUAUUAUCAAAUUAAAAUGUCCUUCGUAAGAUUAGUCAUUUCUGCGCUCGCCCUUAUAGCUAGCUGUAAUGCUAGUGGCGUCGGACACAUCGCUCCUCUCUUCAAAUCAUUAUCAGUAGUCCGGUACGCUCCAUUCUACAACUUCCCAAACGGUGCAAGGUCAAUACAUGCAGUGGCCGCUCCGGUGGCAGUGGCUCCUCCAGUGGUGGCGCGGGCUCCAGUGUUCGCAAGUCCUGCGCCUGCUCCAGUGUUCCCAGCGCCUGCUCCAGUUUUUUCUGCGCCUGCUCCAAUUUUCCCUGCGCCUGCUCCAGUAUUCGCAGCACCGGCUCCAGUACUACCAGCGCCAGCUCCAGUAUUCGCAGCGCCCGCCCCAGUGCUCCCACCACCGGCUCCAGUCUUCGCAGCACCAGCUCCCAUAUUACCGGCACCAGCCCCGGUAUUCCCCGCACCUACACCUGUAUUCCCAGCGCCAGUGUACCCAAGAAUAGCUCCAGCUUUGGCUCCAGCACCAGUUUACGCUCGUGCCGUGCCUGCGUUACCAGCAGCAGCAUUCUCACCUAUUGUAAGGCCUGUGGCUGUACCCCAGCCCGCCCCAUUGUACGCGUCAGCUUACGCCCCCGCACCCGUACCCGUUGCUAGGGCACCAAUCAGUAUAUCUCCCUAUGGUCCCGUACCAUACGGCCCUGCACCAAUCCUCAAACAGUUUGCGUGGAAAUGAAUCUAGUCUUAUCUAAGUGUUAUAGUGUCAUUGUUAUCUAGUUAAAACUUAGUUAUAGGUUUUUGAUACCAAAUUUUGUAAAUAAAUUAUGCAAA